AGUGGCUGUGCAAUCUGUUGCCAAUUAUCAAAUUUCAAGGUUAAGAUGUUUAGGUUUACCACCCUCUCAGGAAAAGAAUGUGGCAGGAUUGAAGAAAGGCAAAAUGAAGAAAUGGAACUCCAAUUAUUUGAGUUAGAUGUAAUGUUGAAGGCCACUAAUAACUUCUCUUCAAACAACAAGCUAGGAGAUGGUAGCUUUGGGCAUAUCUACAAGACUUUGGCAUGGCUAGAUCAUUUGGCGGAGAACAGUCUGAGGGGAACACACAGAGAGUGUGGUUUUAUGGUGCUAGAAUAUGAGCAAUUCUCAGUAAAAUCCUACGUUUUCAGCUUUGGGAUACUGUUACGGGAGAUAAUAAGUGGGAAGAAGAAUAAAGGGUCUUAUCAUCUCAACCAUAGGCUUAACCUUAUUGGCAAUGCAUGGAGAUUGUGGAAAGAAGGAAAGCCUUCAGAACUGAUUGAUUCAUUUGUACUAGAGUCCUGCACUCUAUGUGAAGUACUUAGGUGCAUCCACAUUAGUCUCUUAUGUGUUUAACAACACCUUGAGGACUGGUCAAGUAUGUCAUCUGUGGUUUUGAUGUAGGGUAGUAAGACUGCACUCUUACAACCCUAAGAAUCCGGUUUCCUUGUUGACAAGAAAUCACUCAGGACAAA